CUUUCGAAGAGUGGUAACAGUCUGAUUACGUUUAUCGUAGUUUAUUUGAAAAACGUUUACCUGCAAAUUCAAUAACUUAUAGAACCUUCUGUAGCCUUUCAACAGUAUCUACACUGCAUACUAUGACGAGGCCUGGUGAAAAUGGUAGCAGCAGAGAUCGCCGGAGAUCUCGCAGCAGAUCGAACGAACCAGACCGCAAGAAAAAGCGGUCCCGCAGCCGUGACCGGGAUCGGGACCGCGAGCGGACGAAAACAUCGUUUCGCUUCAAACAAGUAACUCGACGGGAUCGUGAGAGGGAUCGUGACCGCGAACGGGAGCAAAGGGAUCGGGAGCGCGAUAAGGAGCUGGAAAAGGAACGCAACAAGGAAGCUGAAAGAAAGCGGGAACGAGAGAAGGAACGGGAAAAGCUUAGGGAACAUGCUACCAAAUAUGCGCAGAGCGUUAGCAGCAGCAGUGGAUUCCGGCAAUCGAAGUUUGAUCAAAAGCCGCCAGGUUUUGCGGAAAAAGAACCGGUCAAAAAACCUCCCAAAGAGGAACCAAAAGAAAAAGAGGAUACUUUCGAUUUGUCGGUUCCGAUGGAUAAAGAAGAGGAGCAACGACGACUGGAACAAGAAAUGACUAGACGACGAGAACGGAUAGAACGCUGGAGAGCUGAGCGAAAGCGGAAGGAGAUUGAAAUUAAGAAGCCGACAGUGGUGACUGGCCUCAAUAUUCCCAAGAAGUGGAGCUUAGAGGAUGACGAAGAAGAUGACGAAGACGACGAGAAAGAUAAAGCCGGUAAAGAUAAUGAAGAGGAAGACGAUGUUGAUCCUCUGGAUGCUUUUAUGAAAGAAGUUAACGAAGAAGUUCGUAAGGUAAAUAAGCUUCCUAAUGCUGCACCCAAGACAGAGGGUAAGGCUGCUGUUGCUUCAGGAGUAACAAUCAUUACUGGAGUGGCUAAAAAGAAUGCCGAAGCAGCCAAAAAAGGUGAACUAAUUGAACAAAACCAGGAUGGCCUUGAAUAUUCCUCAGAGGAAGAACAGGAAGACAUAAAAGACACAGCAGCUAACCUCGCCAACAAACAGAAAAAGGAACUGGCCAAAAUCGACCAUUCCGGAAUCAACUAUUUACCGUUCCGUAAGGCUUUUUACGUUGAAGUACCCGAAAUUGCGAAGAUGAAGCAAACCGAAGUGGAUGCAUAUAAAACAGAACUAGAAGGCAUUAAUGUAAAGGGAAAAGGCUGUCCUAAACCGAUUCGCACAUGGGCUCAUUGUGGAGUUUCCAAGAAAGAAUUCGACGUGCUUCGUAAGCUAGGGUUCGAUAAGCCAACGCCGAUUCAAUGCCAGGCUAUACCGGCGAUAAUGUCUGGUCGGGAUUUGAUUGGCAUUGCUAAAACCGGAAGUGGUAAAACAUUGGCCUUUAUUUUGCCUAUGUUUCGGCAUAUCUUAGAUCAACCACCGCUGGAGGAUGGAGAUGGUCCGAUUGCGAUCAUUAUGUCUCCAACACGUGAGCUCUGCAUGCAAAUCGGAAAAGACAUCAGAAAGUUCGCUAAAACUUUGAACCUGCGGCCAGUAUGCGUCUACGGUGGUACUGGUAUUUCCGAACAGAUUGCUGAACUAAAACGUGGUGCUGAGAUCAUUGUGUGCACCCCGGGACGGAUGAUUGAUAUGCUUGCGGCUAAUUCUGGUCGCGUAACGAACUUACGACGUGUUACCUAUGUUGUGCUAGACGAGGCUGAUCGUAUGUUUGACAUGGGCUUUGAGCCGCAAGUUAUGAGAAUCAUCGACAAUAUUCGACCGGAUAGGCAAACAGUGAUGUUUAGUGCCACAUUCCCUCGUCAAAUGGAAGCUCUGGCCAGGCGCAUCCUGAAGAAACCGAUUGAGAUUCAGGUGGGCGGGCGUUCAGUCGUCUGCAAGGAGGUCGAACAGCACGUGGUGGUACUGGAGGAAGAUGCGAAAUUUUUCAAGCUCUUGGAACUGCUGGGGCUGUAUCAGGAACUCGGAAGUAUUAUUGUUUUCGUGGACAAGCAAGAAAAUGCCGACAUUUUGCUGAAGGAUCUGAUGAAAGCUUCGUAUCCCUGUAUGAGUUUGCACGGUGGUAUUGAUCAGUUUGAUCGAGACUCAACAAUUAUCGAUUUUAAGCAGGGUCGUGUUAAGUUGCUCAUCGCAACGUCUGUGGCCGCGCGCGGAUUAGACGUCAAGCAGCUCAUUCUUGUGGUAAACUACGACUGUCCGAACCACUACGAGGAUUAUGUGCACAGAUGUGGACGCACCGGUCGAGCCGGUAACAAAGGCUUUGCAUGGACGUUCCUUACUCACGAGCAGGGGCGAUAUUCUGGCGACAUAAUACGCGCUCUAGAGCUGUCGGGUGAAACAGUACCAGAGGAUCUGCGUAAUUUGUGGGAAACGUAUAAAGCAGCUCAAGAAGCGGAAGGUAAAAAAGUUCAUACUGGAGGUGGAUUCAGCGGAAAGGGUUUCAAGUUUGAUGAGCAAGAAGCUGCCGCUGUUAGUGAGCGUAAAAAGCUGCAGAAAGCAGCUCUCGGUUUGCAAGAUUCUGACGACGAUGAUGAUCUGGAGCAGGAUAUUGAUCAGCACAUCGAGAGUAUGUUUGCCACUAAACGUAUUGUGAAGGAAGUGGAAGCACCGGUUAUUACACAAACAGUAGCGGCACCAGUUGCGGCAAACCCGAACUCAGACAAACUAGAACUGGCCAAAAGGCUUGCGUCGCGCAUUAAUUUGCAUAAAAAUUUGGGUGUUGAAGCAAAAGGUGCCACACAACAAGCAGCGGAAGCUAUUCUUAAGGGUGGAAGCGCUCAGCCGCUUAUUACUGCUAAAACCGUGGCGGAACAGCUCGCAGCUAAGCUCAACAGUAAACUCAAUUAUCAACCGAAAGACGAGGAUGAGGCUCCGAUCGAAUCGAACGAGACAGUUUUUCGGAAAUACGAAGAAGAGUUGGAAAUUAACGAUUUUCCGCAGCAAGCUCGAUGGAAAGUCACCUCGAAAGAAGCUCUCGCGCAAAUUUCCGAAUACUCCGAAGCAGGUCUUACCGUCCGUGGUACAUACGUUCCACCGGGCAAAACUCCACCUGAAGGCGAACGCAAACUUUAUUUGGCCAUCGAGAGCUGCUCGGAGCUUGCCGUUACGAAGGCCAAGCGUGAAAUAACGCGUCUGAUCAAGGAGGAACUGCUGAAGCUGCAGGCUUCCUCACAUCAUAUUAUCAACAAAUCUCGGUACAAAGUGCUGUAAUGGAGCGGCUAACUGCUUUUUAAUCUGCACUCAAGCGGGGUUGCUGAUGUGAAUGUUUGAUCACGUAAUUUGUCAAUAAAAAAGUUUUAGACAACAG